GUUUUGUACCAGAGGUAGAAUUUGAAGAAUUUUGUUUUGAAAUCUAAAUCAAUUUAGAUAUUUUGAAAAUAAUUAAAUCAUUAGGAAAACAAAAUGAAUGUCGUACAGGCUGUUAAAAUGUAUAUAACCAAAAUGACUGAGGAGAGUGGACCCGGAAUGAAAGUUAUUCUAAUGGAUAAAGAUACAACAAGCAUAGUCAGCAUGGUAUUCAGCCAGUUGGAAAUCCUCCAAAAGGAAGUCUACCUGUUUGAGAGGAUAGAUAGCCAUGCAAAGUGGGACAACUUAAAACAUAUGAAGUGUAUUGUAUUCCUUCGUCCGACCACAGAGAACAUUGCCCUGCUGUCCAAAGAGUUGCGCCGCCCUAAAUAUGGAGUUUAUUUUAUUUAUUUCAGUAACGUAGUAUCAAAGGCUGACAUCAAAACACUAGCGGAGUGUGAUGAGCAGGAGACAGUUCGUGAGGUGCAGGAGGUGUUUGCAGACUACCUCGCUGUGGACAGACAUUUGUUCUCCUUCAACAUAGUCGGCUGUUUGCAUGAUCGUUCUUGGAACCAGCAACAUUUGCUGCGUUGCUCGCAAGGUCUGCUCGCAUUACUCCUGUCCCUAAAACGCCGUCCCGUCAUACGUUACGAGGCGGGCUCCGAAGCGAGCGCGCGGCUGGCCGAGCGUGUUCGCGAACUUGUUCGGAGGGAGGCCGUGCUAAUGGACUACAAUAUACCGUUCAAUGGGGAUAUACCUCCGCCGCAGCUGUUGAUACUGGACAGAAGAGAUGAUCCAGUCACCCCUUUGCUGAAUCAGUGGACGUACCAGGCGAUGGUUCACGAGCUGCUGAGCAUCAACAACAACCGCGUCAGUCUGGCGCACGUGCCCGACGUGCACAAGGACUUCAAGGAGGUGGUGCUGUCUUCAGAGCAGGACGAGUUCUAUGCUAAGAACCUGUACUCCAACUUUGGAGAAAUCGGUCAAACGAUGAAAUCUCUCAUGGACGAGUUUCAAAAGAAGGCAAAGAGUCACCAGAAACUGGAAAGCAUCGCCGAUAUGAAGAACUUCGUUGAGACCUACCCGCUGUUCAAGAAAAUGUCUGGCACGGUGACGAAGCACAUAACUGUGGUGGGCGAGCUGUCGAGCUGCGUGUCGCGCCACAAGCUUCUGGAGAUUUCCGAGCUGGAGCAAGAGCUUGUGUGCCACUCGGACCACGCCAAGCAUUUGCAGAGAUUAAAAUCGAUGCUCGCCAACGAGUCGAUCCGGAACGAAGACCUCGUGAAACUGGUAUCACUGUACGGUCUUCGCUACGAGAAAAAUGCCGGCAACGCUCUGCCAGCACUCGUAGAGAGCCUUAAGAAGCGAGCUCCUGACUGCGCCAAGAUACCCGUCCUUGUUUUGGAGUAUGGUGGAGCCCACGCCAGGCAAAGCGAUCUAUUCGGGCUCCAGGACGCUGAGAAGAUCACGAAGAGACUCUUCAGGGGUCUGAGCGGCGUAGAGAACAUCUACACCCAACACACACCACUCUUAAAAGACACUCUCGAAGAUCUUAUAAAGGGAAAACUGCGAGAAAACCUCUUCCCCAUCUGUGGUGGUGAAGACUUGUCUUCCGGGCGACGUCCUCAAGACAUUAUAGUGUUCAUAGUCGGUGGCGCGACGUACGAGGAGUCGUUAUGCGUGCGCCAGAUCAACCAGGCGAACCCUGGGGUCAGAGUGGUGUUGGGUGGGACCCAUAUACACAAUUCCGCGUCGUUCCUAGAGGAGGUCAAAUCAACCAUGCAGGGCGUGCAUAGAACGCAUACUAGACAUAUCAGAAACUUGUAACUCCGGUAUUAGGUUAUAUACAGUUACUUCCAUACGCGUCACGAAAGUUGGCGCUUGUCUCCCAAAUUUUAUGACGGUAAACUAAACAGCAGUUUGGUCAGGACGGUUGUAUGGGAACUCUGGGAUCGAUGCAGGAUCUUGUGGCGACAUCUAGCUAGGUGAUGUGGAGACCGCCUUAAGUUUACACGAAAUACUGUUGUGCUCUCGAGCAAGUUCGAUUCGCGAAUGAAUGUUGCUCGCGCAACGAAGUUUGCUAAUCAAAUGCUCCAAUCCCUUUUAAUGCUUCCGGUGUGCCAAGUUUGAGAUAUUCUACCUACGUUUACUUAUACGAUCGGGCUAACUACGAUUUAUUUUUUAUAGUAGCGCCAUCUUGUGUCAGUGCGGUUUCCCAUUCAAAAAAUUCAUAAUUCAUUUAUUUCAAGUAUACCUAAUAUAAGCACUUUUGGAACGUCGAGUCUGUCUGUUUGUAGU